GCAACAUGUAGGAGCAGUUCUCGCUCUGUCAAAAUGACGACCCCUUUUCCAUGAAUUAUUUCUUAUUGCGGUUUACUCCCACGGCUACUGAGCGUCUGACCCGCGCACGAGCCUGUGCUGUCGGGAGCGCGCAGCAAUCAUGCCUCAUCCGUCGCACGGCUCGCCAGCGUCGGAAAAUAGAACAAGAAAUUCGUCUUUUAUCUAAAACAAAAUACCCCCACUUUUAGCUCUAGUGGUUUUGCACGAUUACCUGCUUCGUGUUUUAGAAGCUGACAUUGUGUGUCCAAAAUGUGUCUUUUUUCCCUCUCCAUUCAGUGAGACAAAGAGGGCAACAAGAUAUAAGAGGAGUACAGCUGUGGUGUUUCAGGGCUCAUCCUUCAUUUCGCAGGUCAUUUCUUUAAGUAACCUGCCGACACUCCUGACGCUGAGCAGUUUGGGGAUGUAAACGCUUCAACGGACCUGUACUGAUGCGACUCAACGAGUGUUUUCAUUCCCGGAACAAUGAGCACACGAGGAGCCUGAAACCUCUCGUGAAAGGAGUGUAAGGGAACUGGCCGGCUGUUUGAUCCCCCUCCUCUUACACCCCACUGCGCCAAACCACUACCUCGCCCUUUCCCUGCUGUGGUCAUCCCAUGGAGAAUGCACGCCCACCCAGAUAGGAUGCCUACCCUGCCUGACGUCCUGCAUCCCCUCCUGCCCAUCACCACAUCCUCCUUCUCCUUGCAUCUACCUGCUCUUGCCAACAGUUCCUUGCGGCCCCCAAGGCUCCGCCCUGCCCCGCCCAAACAUGAUGGAUGACGUUGCUACUAUGAAGGAUGACGUCAUCAACGCCAACACGCUGGCAUGGCUGGUAUGCUCGGGAUUGUCCAUCCUGGCCAACACAUGGAGCAUCCUUAGCGUCAGUGCCAAGCAGAAAAAGUGGAAACCGCUGGAGUUCCUCAUCUGCACGCUGGCCGGGACGCACAUCCUCAACAUGGCCAUCCCCAUCACCAUGUACUGUGUCAUCACGCUGCGACGCCAGCACUCAAACUACGAGUGGAACGAGGGUCUGUGCAAGGUGUUUGUCUCCACCUUCUACACCCUCACAUUGGUCACGUGCUUCUCCGUCACCUCACUCUCUUAUCACCGCAUGUGGAUGGUACGCUGGCCUGUGAACUACAGGUUGAGUAACACCAAGAAGCAAGCAGUGCACACAGUGAUGGGCAUCUGGAUGGUCUCCUUCAUCCUAUCCACGCUUCCAGCUGUGGGAUGGCAUGACACCAUGGACCGCUUCUACACCUCCGACUGCAGAUUCAUUGUGAAGGAGAUCGGUCUGGGCUUCGGCGUGUGCUUUCUGCUGCUGAUCGGUGGCAGCGUGGCCAUGGGUGUGAUCUGCAUUGGCAUCGCUCUCUUUCAGACCUUUUCCAUUCAGGCAGGCCACAAGGCUGACAAGAACAAGUUCAACGUCCCCACCAUAGUAGUGGAGGAUGCCCAGGGGAAGCGCAGAUCGUCCAUCGAUGGAUCGGAGCCUCUCAAGACAUCAUUGCAGAUCACCUACCUGAUCAGUGGAAUCGUCUUUAUCUAUGACUUCCUGACUGGCUUCCCUAUACUGGUGGUGAGCUUUGCCAGUCUGAAGUUCGAACGUUCCUACAACUGGAUGGUGUUGUGUGUGCUUUGGUGCUCCAUUGCCCAAUCCAUCCUGCUGCCCAUGUUCAUCUGGGCUUGUGACCGCUAUCGCGCAGACAUCCGCAUGGUGUGGGAGAAAUGUGUCGCCAUCAUGUCAAACGAUGACGUGGAUGAGGAAAACAGCCAAGAUGGAGGAAUUCAUGCCGACUUAAUAUAUGACAGACCAUAUGACUAUAGCUCGCCGCCUGAAAUCGUGACGGUAGACCGUAAUGCCAUGUAUGAGUUCUCAACCUUAGAAAGGGGGGUUCCGAAAGGGUAUCCAUUGAGGGAACUACAGGAAGAUAAAAUGCAGUAUUUGCAGGUGCCCCCUACAAGAAGAUACUCCCACGACGAAACCGACAUGUGGACCAACGACCGGAUCCCCUCCUACCUUCAUCGAUGGGGCUCCACAGAGGACAUGAUAGUGACUGCCCACUACAGCUCCACCUUACCGCGCCGCGAGAGGCGCAGGAGCAGCCUGGUCUCCUACCACGAGGAGAGCCACCAUCACCAUCACCCGCAUCGAAAGCGGCGACGCUCUGAGGACAGCAUGCACUCCCUCAAACACCUUCCCCGUGUGGUUUGUGCUGGUGGGGAGCAUUAUGAGGACGAUCUGCGGUGUUUUAGCCGCGAUGAGGUGAUCAACUUUAUAGAUGAGACUCCGCUGCCGAGCCCCAGAAAGAGCCCGCGGCGCGCAUCCAGCAUCUCACUUGUACCCAAUGUGUAUGACCAGCACACAGUCAUCCUCCCUCGGUUCCUACUCACAGACUUUGAGUGUGAGCCUCAAGCUCUCAGGCGGCUCUCUGAACACAAAAGGAGCAGUAGUCGGGAAACCACGUCCGAGGUUUCCCCCAGAGCAGACAGGCAUGCUGGGAAGAAGAGCCCCGGGGCGUGUGGCUCUGGAAAAGGAUGCAGGGAUCGCAUGUGUGACGGGAAACAGCAUUGUGAGAUGGGAUCUCCUGGGCGCAUCCAACAGACUGCAGGCUCCUCUAGUAGGCCCAGGACAGGCGGGGGAGCCAGGGCGGCUGCUGGAGCUGAAUGGGGGCAUCAUAAGCACCUGAGCAAGGGUGAGAGUAAAGGAAGCACAAACAGUUUUGUAAGCACACCUUCAGCAUCGUCCUCGGGCUACAUCACCUUUCGCUCCGAUUCUGUCGGCUCAGCCAACUGAGCAUAGUUGUUAACAUCAACAUCAUUACCAAAACUGUUAACUUAAUGAAAACCACUGAAACAAAUGAUGGUUAUGGGAUAGUGACAUACUGCAUACUUUUUAAAAAUUUUACUUAGGACAUUAUAACUUGAUAGGUAAUGCUUAUAGGCUGGGUAAAGAUUGGGUUUCCUGUUCUUUAGCUUUCACUUCCCAAAAUAUCCACUGAGGACACUUUCUUUUCAAGCACUGUCACAAAUACACUUUCAGUAGCUUGAACAUUGCCACACCUUAUUUUUGCUGUUGCAGAGGAGGUCGUUUUUAGGUGGAGUUUUUCCCUGCUUUUUUUGCACUUCAGAACUUGAACUCUAAUGGCUGUGUGUUUUGUGUAAGGACACAUUUGCUUUCAAACCAAACGUUCCUGAAUAUUGCCAAUGUACAUCAUACAUGUUUAUUUUAUUUGAAUCAUGAUGAACCUUUCUAUUACCAUUGUUGUUCACAACACAUAAAAGCUUCUUUCCAGCCCCCUUUGUUGAAGUAAAUCGAGAGUGUUAAUCUCAAGCUCUUGAUAGUUUUACAGUUACUGUGUGAUAUUGAGACCCCUCAUUUUCAUAAAAAGGUGAAGUCAGAUGUUAAAGAAGAUUGACAUGUCAUGUAUAUAUGAAGGAUGUUUGAUUUAUGGUUUCGGUGUUUCGUAGUUUUGUUUAAUGAGACCUUUGCUUAGAAUAUUUUCUCCUUAUUCUUAUUAUUCCGAUGUUUGUGUUAACAUUGGAGAUCACAACUGGUUCUCACGUCUUGCAUAUUGACAUGAAACAUCAAACCAAUAAAGCAGGUGCUUUGUUACUAUAAACUGUCAGCCUAACCUCACCUCUUAUUUUUUUUCAGUAUAAAUUGUUAGAAAGCAACAAACUCAUUUCAUUUUUAAAAGUAGCUUUCCAAGAGGAAACCUCAACAGAUGUGAAUGGUUAAAAAUGUGAUUAACUGCAGCCUUCAAGCUUAUAUGUAGCAUGACUUAAAUGCUGUUGUAGUACCUAAACCAACAAUGAUGUUGGCAAAUAUCAAAAACAUAGAUCCGGAAAUAGAGUAUCAUUUUAAAUGAACGAUUUAUGAUAAGUUUUAAAAAAGGCAAGAAAUAACAUUUGAUAUAGUAUCUUAUUAAGAAUGGUUGUAUUCUGAGUUUUUUUUCUGUAGAGUUACUUAUUUUAAAAACUUGAUUUAUCUAAGCCCCAUGAAAUAUUCGUAAUAAUAAUACACCAGAUAGCAUCUGCUGACCUCUAGUAAGGGAUGCUGUAGGAAAAGUAACGUUUAAAUUUGUUCAAUUAAUAGUAAACUAUCAAAAGUCCAGGACAAAAGUAGUAUUGAAAAAGGACACUGCAGUACUGGGUUGCAUCAAACAUUAUGACAAUUUGCUGACUAAAAGAAGUGAGAAUUGUAUUACUUACAAAUCAUGGCAUGAAGCCAACUUGGAGCUUUGACCUCUCAUGGAUGGUACCUGCUAACAUGAAUGUAUUUGGUUUAACUUUUCGAUCACAUUAUUAGUAUAAGGACAACAUUAAACAAAAAAAUCCUCUUUGACAGCUUUUAAAACCGUUUUGCCAUUGCCAUCCAAGAAAUACAUUGGCACGUGUUUGGCAUAUUCAUUUUCACCCUUCUGCAAUCUUUUAAAUGUUUAGUUUUAAUCCUUGUGUAUUGUGCACCUCCGCCUUUUCAAGUGGAAGGAAUUAUUGAUUUGAACUUUCUUUGGAAGCAAAACAUCACAUUUAGCUUUACUAUGUCAUAGAUUUUUGUAUUCUGUUGUGUUUACAAUAUUGAAAUAUCAUUUUGUAACAUAUCAAAAGAUUUAUGACUCAAAAAUGAAUGAUGUAAAUGUCAUGAUUUCUUGUUCAGAUGAUGACUUUGUUAAAAAGAUAUGACGGAAUAAAUUCACAAGAUGAUGCACCAGUGUGUUUUAAGAAA